UCAGACGCAAGUUUUAAGAAAAUCCAUGAAGCAUGUAGAAAAAUAUUGUUAUAAGACUAUACUUAGAGAAAGUGCACACAAAAAAAGAAGACUAUACUUAGAGAAAAAUAAAGCAAAAUUAAAUACCAUGUCAUGGAAUGAAAGCCUGAAAGAUGACCGACUUGGUUGAGAGCUCUUCUCCAUUGGGAAACCCUCCCCUGUUCCAUUUCUUGAUCUUCGUACUUCUGAAACACAACAGCGAAGCUUCCUGUCUGGUUUCUGACGUCCGUAGGUUCGACUCCGUAAAACAUUGGAACCACUUGAAUAUGAUUAGCACCGUGAAGCUCCAUUAUCAAUCGAAGCUCCUCCAAGCACCAUUUCGAGGUAGCAUAGUUCUUUGAGAUGACUACAACAGCGAACCACGAAGUCUUUAUGGCUUCAGUGAGUUGGUCUGAAAUGUUGUCACCUGCCUCCAGCCUCCGAUCGUCUCUAAAAGUAAAGAUACCCUCGCGACAAAGAGCUUCGUACAAAUAGCUGACGAUUGUGCGCCGAGUGUCUUCCCCUCGGAAGCUGAGGAAGACAUCAUAGUUCCUGACACGAGUUGACAAGACUGAGGACGAGGAGGAGGAAGCCAUGGACGGAGAGAAAAUGUUAUCCAAAGAAGGAAAAAAUAGUGUUUUUAAUAUUAUAACGACUUGCAGAGGGGAUAAUAGAGCAUCCUCUUGUUGACUUUUACGUGCUCCAUAGACUUAUACAAAGCCACAAACGUCGUAUUCACCAUGAUCGAAACUAGUUGGCAUUAAACAGCAAUUGGACAAUUAAUCUAGAACGCAACGUUUGCUAUGUGCUAAUGGAGACUUUCCCUCUGUUCCAAAACUUCUUCUCUUCUUCCUUUGAGAGAUCUCUUUAGAGAAAGACAAUCUAAACCACUUUGCUAAAUGUCUGCCUCUUCUUCAUCUUUUAUCUCCAAUUUUGAUGUCUUCCUAAGUUUCAGCGCAGAAGAAGACACUGCCAAAGCUUUUGUCACAGAUCUUUACGUUUCAUUGUCAGAGAAAGGCAUUCCAACUUACUACAAAGAGGAGGAGGGAGGCUCAUCUUCGGGUCAUGACCUAAGGAAAUGUAUUAGAGAUUCAAAACUAGCCGUUGUGGUGGUCUCGCAAAGCUACCCAACCUCUGUUUUGUGCCUGAACGAGCUCCAGACGAUACUAAAUUUCCACGACGAAGGUCAACUCUCCGUCCUGCUCAUCUUCUAUGGAGUGAAUACUUCGAAUAUAAGAAAACAGACUGGAGAAUACGCAGAACCUUUCAGAAAACUUGGUGAAGAGUAUUCAGCUGAGAAGGUUCAAUCAUGGAGGAUGGAUCUUGCCAAACUCACCGGUUUCUCCGGCCUGGAUUCACGUUUUUGGAGCAACGAAGGAGAGAUGGUCAAUUUGAUUACAAGUGAAAUAUUACUUGUUAUUUCAAAUAAGCCAAUUAGUCCAUCAACAUUCAAAGCAGAUGGACCUGUCGCAAUGGAUCGUCAUAUGCAUGCAUUAUAUGAGUUGCUGGAUUUAAAUUACGACAAGGAAGUUCGCUUGGUCGGGAUAUGUGGCCCAGGAGGCGUUGGCAAGACGACACUAGCGAGAUAUGCAUACGAAGAAAUGUCUGUCAGUUUCCAUGUCCAUAUGUUUGUUGACAACUCCGAAAAGAACUAUCACCAAGACCAUCAAGAAACAUUCACAUCGAGAGAGAUUCAAGGAGAAGCUCAAACUGAUGUCAUCAAAUCGGAGCUUGGACAGAGAAGAGGUCUGCUUGUUAUUGAUUCCGUGGAUAACCUCCAACAGUUGAAGGACAUAGCAGAGAUCGUUGGCUGGUUUGGUUCAGGGAGCAGAGUCAUCUUUGUUACACAAGAAAAGAGUUUGUUAGAAGAAGUUGGUGUGGAGCAUGUCUAUGAACUCCAGUCUCUGAGAUACGAUGAAGCUCUCCAACUCUUUUGCCGAUAUGCUUUCGACCAGCAACACCCUCCUACUAGUUUUGAAUCACUCGCUCUUCGUGCUGUCCAGGUUGCCUGUUUCCUUCCUCUGGCUCUUACAAUCCUCGGUUCAUCUUUACAUGGCAAGGAUGAAAGGACUUGGGAGGAGGAGCUGCAGAAACUCGAAGGUGACCAAGAGAAAAAUAUGACAAAUUCUUGUUUAGGAUCAAAAGUAAGUUGAUUUUAUUGAUGAAUAAGCUUGGUUUAUAUACCAAGAUAAGCUAAGUCAUAACAGGAAAAUCAUAAAGAACCUAAAUAGAAUAGGAAAAACAUAUUAAAGCUUAUCUAAAUCUAGUUUAUAUGAUUCCUAAUUGAUAUAGGAAUCAUACUCCAAUACCCCCCC